UGCAGCACUCAGCAGCUAGCUUACAGGCUAAAUGUGUAUAAACCAGGUUAUUUUGACUUUUAAACUUCAUUUUUCGCCGCUUUUGCGAUCACUUUGCUCGCUAUGACAGGAACUAACUGGGACAACAACAUCUCCUGAGUGUACAAAUUGUCGUGUCAAGAUUAAUUUAUUAUUUAUAUUAUAUUUUUUGGCUGGAGGAAACACAACUGCUGAGCGAGGCUGCUUGGAGGUCCAGUGACAGCCUGUAGAGCCGGAGGUGGGAUGGAUCCUCUGGGUGCUCGCUCGCAGUUCGUGGACAUCCAGACUCUCCCCACGUGGCAGCAGCAGCUGGGCGAGGAUGGAGAGGAGACGCCGCUGGAGCAAAGCAGCAGCCUCCUCAGCCAGGACGCCUUCCCCUCACCCUUCCCCUGCAGGCCGGACAUCAACCGCAAGAUCAUCCUGUUCUGUGGUGACAUCGCCUUCCUGAACUGCACCGCCAUUGUGAACACCAGCAACGAGUCGCUGAACGACAAGAACCCAGUGUCUGACAGCGUCCAUCAGGUGGCCGGGCCCGAGCUGAGAGAAGAGCUGGUCAAACUCAAAGGAUGUCGGACAGGAGAGGCGAAGCUGACCAAAGGCUUCAACCUGGCGGCGAGGUUCAUCGUCCACACGGUGGGACCGAAAUACAAAUCCAAGUACAGGACGGCGGCGGAGAGCUCGCUGUACAGCUGCUACAGGAACACCCUGCAGCUGGCAGUAGAGCAGUCGAUGGCGUCUGUCGGUCUCUGUGUGGUGAGCACGACCAAGAGGGGUUACCCACUGGAGGACGCUACACACAUAACUUUCAGAACAGUGCGCAGGUUCCUGGAGAAUCACGGGAACUGUCUGGAGGCGGUGGUGUUUGCGGUGUCAGACACAGAGGAGCCGGUGUACAAGAAGUUGCUGCCUCUGUACUUCCCUCGCUCUGAGGCGGAGGAGAAAUGCUGCCUGCCUCUCAUCCCAGCUGACAUCGGCAACUCUGAGGGUGAACCCGUCGUCCCUGAGAGACAGAUCCGCAUCACAGAGAAACCAGGAACUCUGGAAGAUGAUUCUGAUGAGGAGAGUCUGGAUCUAGACCUGGGUCAGGUGGGCAAUCACGCUUUUGCCCGGAUGGAGGGGGACGUGGACAAACAGCGGAAACAAAUCCUGCAGGGCCAGAUGUCAGAGGCAGCCAUCCAGAAACAACACCAGAGGAAUUACAAUCGCUGGCUGUGUCGAGCGAGAGCAGAGGAUCUGUCGGACAUUGCUGCAUUGAAAGCCUUAUAUCAAACUGGUGUGGACAUGUGUGGCAGGACAGUGAUGGUUUUGGUUGGACGAAACAUUCCAGUGACCCUCAUCGACAUUGAAAAGGCUCUGCUGUACUUCAUCCACGUUAUGGAUCACAUCACAGUGAAGGAAUACGUGAUGGUUUACUUCCACACGCUGACCGGCGAGCACAACCACCUGGACUCCGACUUCCUCAAGAACCUCUACGACAUUGUCGACGCCAAGUUUAAAAGGAAUCUUAAGGCCUUCUACUUUGUACAUCCAACAUUUCGCUCAAAGGUGUCGACGUGGUUCUUCACCACCUUCAGUGUGUCGGGGUUGAAGGACAAGGUUCGCUACCUGGACAACCUGCAGCAGCUCUUCACCUGCAUCAAACCUGAGCAGAUCGACAUCCCUCCGUUUGUCCUGGAGUAUGACGCACGGGUUAACGGGCCGUACCACCCGUCCCACUCCUCCAGUCUGUGACAGGAGACGUUCGGACCUCCCUGCUGCGGUGACGAGCUGCUGUCAGCCUGUCGAGUGGACGCCUUUUAUGGACAUCAUGUUGCCCGUGAGGUCUGAACUCCUAACCUCCUCCUCAGGCCCUAACCAUCGUGGGGAAACUCUCUUUUUGUUCUGUUCCAGCCAAGAGGACAAAUUUAACAGUUGCGGCCCACAUUUAGCAGCAUGUGGCGCGCUGAUCGGUCAUUCUCUCUCACCACAGACUAUUUGUGGAUCUGGUUGUGGUUUUUGGAUUAUGCCUUACACCAAGAUUUCUUAUUCAGCUGUUUCCCUCAAACAUCCCGAAAUAUGAAGUCUCAUGUAAACCCUGACAGUUUGCUCAAAGCGUUUUCCAUCGUGUGGUCGUAUCAGACGUCCUCGCCCAUGUCUCAGAAUAUUGUCAGACUUUUAAAAUGCUGGAGAAUGAUGACGUCUGUUUUGAUUUCCUCACCAUCUCGUUCUGUACCGUGCUGCACGCUUAAACUCUGGGUGAAGAAAAGUUUCACUCACGCAGAAGCUGGAAAUUCCCACCUGGUACGAUUUAACGAUGACCUCUGCGCUCAUUCACAAUCGGGAAAACCCCACAGGAGAAAAAUAUUCUUUCAUCGGCUCUUAGCUCAGCUACGUAACAUAUAACAUUAACUUUAUAUCACAAAGGUUUAUCUAUUUUGAAUAGGAAAUGUUGGUAUUUUUCAACCUGGACCCUAUUUUCAUGUUUUUCAAGAAAGUAAAUAAUGAGGACAUCAAUGUGCGUCAGCUAAAAGCUUAUUCUUGCGCUGACAGGCUCUGAUUGUUUUAAGUAUCAGACGACAUUUUGGAAGGCAUCCUACAGAGAAAUAAAACAUUUUUAUUUACCUUUUGCUUGAUUCGGGCUGUCCAACAAAGUUUCCUCAAGGAGAAAUCUCGCAAGUCGUAAUCAGCUAGAAAUUCAGCCUUGACACCUUGAAACCUUUAGAUAACACUAACAUAUGGUUCAAA